GUCGGACAAACAUGGCGGCGGUUCGGUAGAUCAAGACCGGACGACGAGCUUCAUUUUAUUAAUGUCAACAGUCACGGAUAAACCAGAGCCCGAGAAGAACCGAAUAGAGACUCCGUGUAUAGUGGCAAACGGAAAAAUUGUAUCAGCAUAUUAUUAUUUUUCAUCCAAGAAACGUCAUACAGGUUUGUGUGACAACAGUGAACAGUAGAACGCUUCACUUACAGCGCACUGGAUAAUUAUUUUGCUGUACAUCCUGAACCUUGUUUGGGAUUUUAGGAGACUUCAGAGAAAUGUGUGGGAGGUAAUCUCCAGUCACUCAGUUACCACCCCUUUCCCUUUCUCCCCUUCCGUCUCCCCCCACCCACCCUGCAAUUAUGGCGUCAUCCCCUCCUGCAGCCCCCUCGACAACGUCCCCCUCCACCCUCCGCCCUCCCUCGGCUCUGGACUCUCUCUCCAUGUCCUCUCUCCUGUCUGGGGACCUGGAGGACGAGGCGGGAGACAGAGGGGGCGAUGAGGGUGGCCUGGGUGACCUGGAGGUGAACCCAUACGACGGCUUGCCCUUCUCGUCACGCUACUACUCCCUGCUGGAGGAGAGGAAGAAGCUUCCUGUUUGGAGCCUUAAGUACCGCCUGCUGGAACACCUGGAGACAAACAGCAUGGUCGUGGUCAGCGCCCCCAGUGGCACGGGAAAGAGCACACAGGUGCCCCAGUGGUGUGUGGAGUAUGCCCAGUUCCAUGAGUUCUCCCAUGGCUUGGUGUGCUGUUCCCAACCUUAUGCUGUGGCUGCAGCAAGUCUGGCCCUCAGAGUGGCUGAUGAGAUGGACCUGAGUAUGGGCCUGGAGGUGGGCUACUGUGUCCCCCACGAUGAUGGCUGUAUCCCCGAUACGCUACUCAGGUUUGUCAGUGACUCUCUGCUCCUGGGAGAGAUGAUGUCGGACCCCCUGCUGCGUCAGUACGGGGUGCUGGUGGUGGACGAGGUGCAGGAGCGCACGGUGCCCACCGACGUCCUCCUGGGCCUGCUGCGGGACGUGUGCAACCAGCGCUCCGACAACCUCCGCGUGGUCCUGCUCACCGACCCCUCCCUCGCCCCCAGCCUUGCCACCUUCCUGGGUGAAAGAGUUCCGCUUCUAACACUGGAUGAGCCUGUCGGAGGUACACCCGACACAGAGAUUUGGAGGAGACCACUGGUUGUCAUGGAAACGGUGUACAGGGAUCCUGGAGGGAGGGAGUCGGCGGCGGCAGCGUGUCAUAUGGUGUUGGAUCUUCACCGCAGGGGGGAGGAGGGGGAUGUAAUGGUCUUUCUCCCCAGCGCCCAGGAGAUAGAUGAGUGUGGCUUUCUGCUGCAGAAGGAGUCUGUGGCCCUGAGUCCUCAGCUGGGGCCCUUCAGAGUUCUACACCUCCAUACGGGCCUCGGGGGGGCCAUCCAGCGCGUCUACGAACCUGAGCCAGAAAGGCCUUCUGGUGACACGGAGGGGUCUGAAGGACUGGAAGGGCCAGGGAUAGGGGUGGGGAUGGGAGUGAGGCGCAGGGUUAUCCUCACAGACACCCUGGGGGAGGCCUCCUUCUCUCUAUCUGCAGUGCGCUACGUCAUAGACACAGGCAUGCAACUCAAGACAGUUUACAACCCUCAAAUCAGAGCAGACUCACAGGUCCUGCGUCCAAUCAGCCGGCACCAAGCAGACAUGCGGACGCAGAGGGUAAACGGUGACCUACCAGGUCUGUGUUUCCGUCUGUACCCCCAGGCUCUUUAUGAGGAGGGCAUGGCAGAGGCCCGCAGCCCGGGGGUGAUGGAAGAGAACCUCAGCCACCUGGUGCUGCUGCUCAAGAGGCUGGACAUCGCUGACAUGGGCCAGUGCAAGUUCCUGGACAGGCCUGCUCCCGAGGCUCUGAUGCAGGCUCUGGAGGACCUGGACUACCUUGCAGCGCUGGAUGAUGAUGGGAACCUGUCUGAAGUGGGCAUCAUUAUGUCAGAGCUGCCUCUGGAGCCUUCGCUGGCUAAGGCCCUCAUCGCUGCCUGUGAGUUUGACUGUGUCAAUGAGCUGCUCACCAUCGCCGCCAUGCUCACAGCUCCCCCCUGCUUUGUGACCCCCCCACCCCAGAAAGAGGAGGCAGCAGCCACUCACAGACGUCCACUGUUGCACAAUGAGGGAGACCACCUCACACUCAUCAACAUCUACAACGCCUAUAUACAGCACAAUGAGGAUGAUGCCUGGUGUACUACCAACUUCCUGAACCCCGCUGCAUUAAGAUUGGCUGGGAUGAUUAGGGCGGAGCUGCUGGAGGUGAUGCAACGAAUAGAGUUGCCCGUCUCGCCUCCUGCGUUUGGUUGCCAAGACAACUGCACUAAUAUCAAGCGUGCGCUCAUCUCAGGGUUCUUCCUCAAGGUGGCUCAUGAUGUGGACGGCUCAGGUAACUACCUCCUGUUGACUCACCGUCACGUGGCUCACCUCCACCCCUUCUCCUCCUAUCUGUGUCGCCGGCCGCGCCCCAACCCCCCCUCCUGGGUGCUCUACCACGAAUUUACCAUCUCCCACGACAACUGUGUCCGCACCGCCUCCGAGGUGCAUCCCCACAUGUUGGUGGAGCUGGCCCCUCAGUACUACCUGGGCAACCUGCCGUCCAGCGAGGGACGGGACCAGCUGAUGGAGCUGAGACAGAGUCUGCUGCCCCCAGAGGAGGAACAGGAGAGGGGGCCGGAGGGGACCUACGACACAUCCCACAUUGAGGAACACUUAGACAGGACCGCAGAUCCACGUAAUCAGGACAGCACUGAGCUGUGUGUCAUACAGUGACGGGAACGAAGUGGCCGACCAAAAGCAGAACCAAGGGAGGAGAACCUGAGAUGGAGGACAUGGAUGCACUACGCACACUCAAAGUGCUACUGGGAACACACUACAGAACUGUACUGUUGCACGGACAGCUGAUGAGGGAGAGAAUGUACAGUACACUCUCCAGCCAUACACAGCUGUAUGGAAGCAGUUGUUUACAUCUGAGUGAAUAGGGCUCACUUACAGGUGUUAGUGAAAUAUUUUUCAAAUGAGAUUACAUGCAUUUUUGGCACAUGAAAAUGUUUGAGACUGAACCUGCAGAGUUCCUAUAAAAUAAACCGUAUACUGGUACCCAAAGUAAUAUACAGUGUAUUUGGAAAGUAUUUAGACCCCUUGACUUUUGGCUUGAUUUUUGCUGUGACAUGCACUGUCAACUAUGGGACCUUAUAUAGACAGGUGUGUGCCUU